AUGCAGUCACUUCGGUCAACCUCUUACUAUCGAAAACGACGGGAAACAGCUUUUUCCAGACACGGUCGCGACACUUCGUCUAUCCACCACGCGGCGGUGGUCGAGGUUGGAGCCAUGGUGCUCCAGAAUAUGUUCAGUGCUCUUUCAUUUCUUCAUUAUCGAAAAGAUGAUGACUUCGUUGAUAGACUUUCUUAUUUCUACACAUCAUCAUUUCUUAUAAUGAUGGCUGUUCUUGUUAGCUUCAAACAAUUUGGUGGAAGACCACUGGAAUGUUGGGUGCCAGCUCAGUUUACUGCUAGUUGGGAAGCUUACACAGAAAUGUACUGUUGGGCUCAAAACACGUAUUGGGUACCCAUAGAACAGGAUAUACCAGUUGAUAUAUCUGAACGUGAAUAUAGACAAAUAUCCUAUUAUCAAUGGGUUCCAUUCUUCCUCCUCAUACAAGCAUUUCUUUAUUAUAUUCCUUGUUUAAUGUGGAGGUUGAUGAGUGAUAAAUCAGGGAUUCGUUUAAACGAUAUAGUUCAAAUGGCAACAGAAAAGGAAAAUAUUGAGCCAGAUUAUCGAAUUCGUACAAUCGAAAGUCUUUCCAGACACAUCGAGGCAGCUCUUAGGUAUCAACAUACGGCCACAUCGCGAACAGAAUACACCUUACAUAGAGUUUUCAAAUGUUUUAACAUGAGAUAUUAUGAAAGUUACGUGACAGGGAUGUAUUUGGCCACAAAGAUAAUGUAUGUUGGAAAUAUUCUGACUAAUCUUGUGUUAGUCAACAAAUUCCUGGAAACCGAUGAAUAUAGUGUUUACGGUUUGGGAGUUUUGAGAGAUCUUCUGUUCGGAAGAACGUGGAUGGAAAGUGGAAACUUUCCUCGAGUCACCUUAUGCGACUUUGAGGUUCGAGUCUUAGGAAACAAUCAGAGACAUUCUGUGCAAUGUGUCUUAGUCAUAAAUAUUUUCAAUGAAAAAAUAUUUAUACUUAUAUGGCUGUGGUUCACUUUACUGUUUGUCGCUUCUGCUUUAGAUAUGCUAUAUUGGUUUAGCAUCAGCAUGUUUCACAGAGAUCGACUUCGGUUUGUUCUUCGACAUCUUGAAUUAACAACAGAUCCUGAUAAGCCGGAACUGUUCCGAAAAGAAAAACGAAAACAAGUGGAACAUUUUCUAAGAACUUACUUAAAGGUUGAUGGUGUUUUGGUGCUCCGUAUGAUAGCAAUGCAUGCAGGAGUCAUGUUCUGUACGGAGAUUACAGAUGCUCUAUGGAAACGAUAUCUCUCUCAACAUCCAGAGAACCUUAUAGACGAAGAUUCCUCUCUGAUAACAUUCGCCAGAGCUCAAUCCAUCCGUCGUAAGCGGCAUGAUAGCACAAACUCCGAAAGUCAUCAACGGUUAGGAAGAAUUCUUUCUCACAGAAGCACGGGAGGAAGCUUCCGCCUGAACCGUACCCAAUCUACUAAUCGGUCACUCAAUACCGAUAACAAAGGAAAUCCUCAGCAAACUUCUGCUGGCGGUACGACUGUUGUUUCACGGUUUGGUAAAGUUCGAGCAGGAAUUGUGACUUCAACUCCAACUAAGGUUGUGAUAAACAGCCCUCCAUCCGAAAGUGCUGAUUCAACUAAUAAUGGGGACCCUCUCAAAGAAAAACGUGAAAGUGUCCCAUUAGCGGUUUAA